AUGGAGCAUCGAUUUAAUGGAGGUGGCGGAGCAAAUCAAGCGCUUGAGGUUGAACGAGAUGAAGAACAGGCAGAGGAAAUCACGUACCUAUCAUCUCCUUCAUGGAGAACCCAAAAUCUGGGUUCAUUCUUGGAUCUACACAACUGGUAUCCCCAAUCGACGACUUUUAACCAUAUGAAUAAUGGUUUUAACCCCAUUGCAUACAACCACGAUGUUGAUGGGUUCGUUUCUUUUAUUUACGUUGAUGCAGGGAAGAGGGAUCUGUCAAAGGUCAACCAAGAUGGAAAGAAUCUACAGAUAGCUGUCGUUGCCUUGGAUAGUUCCGACGAACCAACCAUUUCUCAACUUCACAUCAUCAAGCUUCUCUCAUCUCAUCUCUGGUUCACCUGCUGCAGCAUAUCUCUAUUUCUCAACUCCGGUGUAUCUUCGAUCUACAAUCGAACGAUGGAGUGGUGGCCAGAAACAUACACUUGCCCCAUCUUCUCCUAA